GAUAGCAACAGCAUCACUAGUGACGACGUGGAAGCGUGAAGAGAAAGGGUGGCGUCGGUCUUGAGAAUCUACGCAGAUUUGGACAUGGUAGAAUUUAAAAGAAGUCAAGAAAAAACGUAUUCCAAUCAAUAUUCAGAAGAAAUGGAAGCAAUAUUAAUCAGAAGAAGUGCACGCAUCGAUUCCAGUGUAUAUUAAGUCGGGACCCUUUUGAUCAGUGCAGUGCGCAGCGAAAUCUUGUUGAUGCUACAAACAAGAAAGGAUGUCCUUAUCAAAAUAUGAAUCGACCACAGGGACAACACAUCUUGCUCGACUUGCCCGGGCUAUAUUGGGUCCCUGCAUGGAUGUACUACGCGACGUUCUCGCAAAUGAGAUAUCUCCACCUGACUUGGAAAAGAAAGUUAAAACUUACGUACCUCAAAAGGGCAAACCUUCUAUCAGUGAAAAACAAAAACGGAUUGUCUAUGGCAAAAACUACUCCGCCUUUGACGUUACGUUGCUCUAUUUUCUAUUACGUAACAUGUGUUCUAAUAUUCCUCCACAUAAAAACACAUGGGGACAAGAUCCAGAACCAACUGAUAAAAGUGUAUCGGCAAACAUAGAACGAAUUCGUAUUUUAAGAAACGAAUGGUAUGGACAUGGUACGGAUAUUUCUCUCUCAGAACCAGAUUUUGAACGAAAAUGGAAUCAUAUUUCUCAAAUUGUAAAAGAGCUGGAAGGCUAUCUUGGGACUGCAACAAAAUACCAGGACUCUCUUAUCAAAUUGAAAACUUGUUAUAUGGACCCUGAUUCGAUACAGCACCUCAUAGAUACACUGAAGACUGUUGAAGGGUUACAGACUGACGUUACAAAUCUGCAAGAGGAUGUAGAGGAGAUAAAAAAGUCAAUCAAGAUAUCAAGUACAAAAGAAUCACAAAUUGAAAAGAACAUAUUUGAUCAAUGGCAACAGGAAGACUCUUAUUUUUUUUCGACACAGGCGUUCGAAGAAGUAGAAAAAAUAAUUAAAAGCAAGAACCUGGUUAUUGUGGCUGGUCACUCAGGAUCCGGAAAGUCGGCCAUUAUUCAACAUAUUGCACUCAAAUACAGAGAACAAGGCUGGGCCGUAAAACGAGUAAAAGAGGUAGAAGACAUAGUGGAUGAAUAUUCUUCAAGUCGAAUUCAAAAAGAUAAAACCAUUUGUGUUUUCAAUGAUCCAUUGGGAAAAGAAUCUUUUGAUGAAAUUUUGAAUAGUUCAUGGCAAAGAUGGGAGGAAGAAUUGGAGUUAUACUUACAAACAGCAAAACUUGUGAUGUCGUGUAGAAAUCAUAUCAUUUAUGAUAAUAGGUUGACCCGUUUUCUCGUGAAUCAAUCACAUAUUGUAAACAUCGAUGAUAACAAACAUAAACUAUCCGUCAGUGAAAAACGGCAGAUUUUGACACAAUAUACAUCCAAUAUGAAUUUAUCCGACAAAGAGUGUGAUAAGAUCGUUGAAGUAGAAAGGUAUUUCCCGUUAUUGUGUAAAUUAUAUUCUAGCAAUGAGGAAUACAAAAAUAAGGGCGUACGAUUUUUCACAGAACCCAUAACAAGGCUAAAAGAGGAGGUAGAAGGGUUCAGAAACAAAGACAAGAGUAAAUAUUGUGCUUUGGCUCUCCUUGUCCUUUUUGACGAUGAUCUUUGCGUAAGCGUUCUUUUUGCAAAUAAAGACACGGAAUACAAAUUCAAAUACACGUUAAAACUAUGUGGAUUACCAGAGAACACACCACCUCCAGCAAUUGGAGACAGCCUUAACUCCCUAAAAGAUUUUUUUGUGAAGAAAAUUGGAGACACGUACCAUUUUUAUCACGAUUUAGUAAUGGAGGUUACAACCCUUGUUUUCGGGAACGAUUAUCCCAAAGAAACAAUAAUGUACGCUGAUAUUGGUUUCCUCAGAAAAAGAGUAAAAUUAGGAGAUUGUGAUGAACACGACGACCCUUUCACUAUUUGUCUAAGUGACAGAUACAUUGAACAACUUGGAGAUAGGCUUUAUACUGAAUUGUUUGGAGAACGCCUGUUAGAUGUCGUACUCAACCCUUGUCUAAGAAAUGACAAAGUAAUUAAAGUACUGAAAGAAAAGAUAACAGAUCAUCCCGAACAUCUACAAAUAUUGCUAGAAACCAAGAAACUUGCAAUUGCUAAACAAGAGAUUUACCAGACAUCUAAAAACUUACUUCUGACUAAACUUUCCUUUUUGAAUUUAAAAAGUGAAGUAUCGCCACUUUUUGCUCUCAUUGCGUUUUGUCAUACACAACUAUCACUAUACUGCUUUAAAAAUCUACAAGAAAUGCAAAUUGAUUAUAUCAGAUGUAUUCCUGCACUGUAUUGCAAUGGUUCAAUACAAUUGUUUUUAACUACUUUUAAAGACCAUGCUAAAGAAUCUUUGGAAAAAAAAUGGGGAAGACUUUGUCCUAUUCACAUUGUAUCAGUGUUCCAUAAUUAUGAAUUACUUGGGGAGUUAAUUAAGAUAGGUGUAAAAGUCAAUGAAAAGGUCGUCGAUAACGGUGGUUGGACGCCCCUUAUGUUAGCAGCUGGUAAUGAUAGUCAGGAAAACGGAGACUAUAACAAUAGAGAAUCAGGUGCAGAAAGAAGAGAUAAAACAGUACAACUUUUACUGAGUAAUGGAGCAGACAUUAAUUUAUGUCAGAAGAACGGCGCCAGUCCUCUCCAUAUAGCUUGUAAAAACGGACAUGAUAGCACUGUACAACUGUUACUGAGUAAUAGAGCAGACAUUAAUUUAUGUGAUGAGAACGGUGUCAGUCCUCUCUAUACAGCUAGUUAUAGCGGACAUAAUAGCACUGUACAACUUUUACUGAGUAAUGGAGCAGACAUUAAUUUAUGUGAUGAGAACGGUGUCAGUCCUUUCCAUAUGGCUUGUCGAAACGGACAUGUUAGCACUGUGCAACUUUUACUGAGUAAUGGAGCAGACAUUAAUUUAUGUGAUGAGAACGGUGUCAGUCCUUUCCAUAUGGCUUGUCGAAACGGACAUGUUAGCACUGUACAACUGUUACUGAGUAAUGGAGCAGACAUUAAAUUAUGUCAGAAGAACGGAGCCAGUCCUCUCUAUACAGCUAGUUAUUUUGGACAUGAUAGCACUGUGCAACUUUUACUGAGUAAUGGAGCAGAUAUUAAUUCAUUGGAGGAGAACGGAGCCAGUCCUCUCUAUGCAGCUAGUUAUUUUGGACAUGAUAGCACUGUGCAACUUUUCCUGAGUAAUGGAGCAGAUAUUAAUUCAUUUGAGGAGAACGGAGCCAGUCCUCUCUAUAUAGCUAGUUAUAGCGGACAUGAUAGCACUGUACAACUUUUACUGAGUAAUGGAGCAGACAUUAAUUUAUGUCAGAAGAACGGAGCCAGUCCUAUCUAUAUAGCUUGUGAAAACGGACAUAAUAGCACUGUACAACUUUUACUGAGUAAUGGAGCAGACAUUAAUUUAUGCAAGAAAAACGGAGCCAGUCCUCUCUAUAUAGCUAGUUAUAGCGGACAUAAUAGCACUGUACAACUUUUACUGAGUAAUGGAGCAGACAUUAAUUUAUGUAAGGAGAACGGAGUCAGUCCUCUCUAUAUAGCUUGUGAAAACGGACAUGAUAGCACUGUAGAACUUUUACUGAGUAAUGGAGCAGACAUUAAUUUAUGUGAGGAGGACGGAGCCAGUCCUCUCUAUAUAGCUUGUCAAAACGGACAUGAUAGCACUGUACAACAUUUACUGAGUAAUGGAGCAGACAUUAAUUUAUGUAAGGAGAACGGAGUCAGUCCUCUCUAUAUAGCUUGUGAAAACGGACAUGAUAGCACUGUAGAACUUUUACUGAGUAAUGGAGCAGACAUUAAUUUAUGUGAGGAGGACGGAGCCAGUCCUCUCUAUAUAGCUUGUCAAAACGGACAUGAUAGCACUGUACAACAUUUACUGAGUAAUGGAGCAGACAUUAAUUUAUGUAUGAAGAACGGAGCCAGUCCUCUCUAUAUAGCUAGUUAUAGCGGACAUAAUAGCACUGUACAACUUUUACUGAGUAAUGGAGCAGACAUUAAUUUAUGUGAGGAGGACGGAGCCAGUCCUCUCUAUAUAGCUUGUCAAAACGGACAUGAUAGCACUGUACAACUUUUACUGAGUAAUGGAGCAGACAUUAAUUUAUGUGAGGAGAACGGAACCAGUCCUCUCUAUAUAGCUUGUCAAAACGGACAUGAUAGCACUGUACAACAUUUACUGAGUAAUGGAGCAGACAUUAAUUUAUGUCAGAAGAACGGAGCCAGUCCUCUCUUUAUAGCUAGUUAUAGCGGACAUAAUAGCACUGUACAACUUUUACUGAGUAAUGGAGCAGACAUUAAUUUAUGUGAGGAGGACGGAACCAGUCCUCUCUAUAUAGCUUGUCAAAACGGACAUGAUAGCACUGUACAACUUUUACUGAGUAAUGGAGCAGACAUUAAUUUAUGUCAGAAGAACGGAGCCAGUCCUAUCUAUAUAGCUUGUGAAAACGGACAUAAUAGCACUGUACAACUUUUACUGAGUAAUGGAGCAGACAUUAAUUUAUGUAAGGAGAACGGAAAGAACGGAGCCAGUCCUCUCUUUAUAGCUAGUUAUAGCGGACAUAAUAGCACUGUACAACUUUUACUGAGUAAUGGAGCAGACAUUAAUUUAUGUGAGGAGGACGGAACCAGUCCUCUCUAUAUAGCUUGUCAAAACGGACAUGAUAGCACUGUACAACUUUUAUUGAGUAAUGGAGCAGACAUUAAUUUAUGUCAGAAGAACGGAGCCAGUCCUAUCUAUAUAGCUUGUGAAAACGGACAUAAUAGCACUGGACAACUUUUACUGAGUAAUGGAGCAGACAUUAAUUUAUGUAAGGAGAACGGAGUCAGUCCUCUCUAUAUAGCUAGUUAUAGCGGACAUAAUAGCACUGUACAACUUUUACUGAGUAAUGGAGCAGACAUCAAUUUAUGUAAGGAGAACGGAGUCAGUCCUAUCUAUAUAGCUUGUCAAAACGGACAUGAUAGCACUGUACAUCUUUUACUGAGUAAUGGAGCAGACAUUAAUUUAUGUGAGGAGAACGGAACCAGUCCUCUCUAUAUAGCCUGUCAAAACGGACAUGAUAGCACUGUACAACAUUUACUGAGUAAUGGAGCAGACAUUAAUUUAUGCAAGAAAAACGGAGCCAGUCCUCUCUAUAUAGCUAGUUAUAGCGGACAUAAUAGCACUGUACAACUUUUACUGAGUAAUGGAGCAGACAUUAAUUUAUGCAAGAAAAACGGAGCCAGUCCUCUCUAUAUAGCUAGUUAUAACGGACAUGAUAGCGCUGUACAACUUUUACUGAGUAAUGGAGCAGACAUUAAUUUAUGCAAGAAAAACGGAGCCAGUCCUCUCUAUAUAGCUUGUGAAAACGGACAUGAUAGCGCUGUACAACUUUUACUGAGUAAUGGAGCAGACAUUAAUUUAUGCAAGAAAAACGGAGCCAGUCCUCUCUAUAUAGCUUGUGAAAACGGACAUGAUAGCACUGUACAACAUUUACUGAGUAAUGGAGCAGACAUUAAUUUAUGCAAGAAAAACGGAGCCAGUCCUAUCUAUAUAGCUUGUGAAAACGGACAUGAUAGCACUGUACAACUGUUACUGAGUAAUGGAGCAGACAUUAAUUUAUGUCAGAAGAACGGAGCCAGUCCUCUUUAUAUAGCUUGUGAAAACGGACAUGAUAGCACUGUAUAACUUUUACUGAGUAAUGGAGCAGACAUUAAUUUAUGCAAGAAAACGGAGCCAGUCCUCUCUAUAUAGCUAGUUAUAGCGGACAUAAUAGCACUGUACAACUUUUACUGAGUAAUGGAGCAGACAUUAAUUUAUGUGAGGAGAACAGAGCCAGUC